AUGAAGACAAGCUUUGCCGACCUCAUUUUUCUCCUCUUCACAUCAGCAUGUGCAUUUCCUACGGGACCGAAGCUAAGCGCAAUGGUCGCAAACCAUGAGAUGCGAGCUAUGGAACCUCCGGGAUGGGGAGGAGGAGUUCCUGGAGGAUACGACCCACCUCCUAAGGGUGAUGGCCCUCAACCUCAACCCAAACCUACAAUAUCUCCAGCACGCAUCAUCACUCCCACACCAACAGGUCAACCUGGAUGGGGGAAUGGCCCUGGAAACGACAAACCGCCUACGUACAGUCCUCCUCCAAGCCCAACUGGCUGGGGUGAUGAACCAGGGAACGGAAAGCAACCUCAGUUCAGCCCACCUCCCACUCCCACUGGAGAUCAGCCUGGUAGGGGUGAUGGGCCCGAACAUCAGAAGCCUUCGAAACAUAGUGAUCAUCCUUCUCCAACGAAGUGGCCAGUCAAUGGGAAACCACCUACGUACAGUCCCCCUCCGCACGGAGACAGUGGGAAGGACUGGCCUGGUUCUGGGAACAAAACUGGACAUUUUCCGCCAGGCCAUGGGAAAAACAGAACCCAUCAUGGAAACAACGAUGGCUGGAAAAGCAAGGCUGGUUGGUGGGCAUGA